UCAGCUUUCCCGUCAGCACCAGGUUGCACCCCACUCUUCUGUCCCGCCUACCCCCUUCUCCGGCGGCCCAAGAUGAUGACAAAGACCCGUUAUGUCUUCGUCGCGUUGGCCAUCCUGAUAAGUCUGCACUAUAUCCUCAGCUUCUCACACGAGGGCUACGGCAACGCGACCUCUUUGGACAGCAUUAAAGCGACAAUACAAGGUUUCCGUGGCCAGAAAGACACCGCAAAAGAUGAGGUGGUGAAGGUUUGGCACGAGCCGCCCUACAAGACGCCAAUACCCGCAAAAUACUUCACCAACGAGACGAAACCUUCUCGCAAAGCCAAUGCGGUCAUCGUUAGUCUUGCUCGCAAUGGCGACCUGAAUGGAAUUAUUCGCAGCAUGUCUCAAAUGGAGGAGAAAUUCAACCACCGCUUUGGCUAUCCCUACGUCUUCCUCAAUGAAGAGCCCUUCACGGAAGAAUUCAAGCGCUCCGUGUCCUCGCUCACCAAAAGUCUCGUCGAAUUUGGACUCAUUCCCCACGACCACUGGUUCCAGCCUGACUGGAUUGACGAGGCUAAGGCGACCAAGAAUCGUGACUGGAUGGUAGAGAACAACGUUAUCUACGGUGGCAGCGUUCCUUACCGCAACAUGUGUCGAUUCAAUUCAGGCUUCUUCUUCCGUCACCCCCUUCUCGACAAGUACCGCUACUACUGGCGCAUGGAGCCCGACGUCCGCUAUUUCUGCACCGUCAGAUACGACCCCUUCCUUUUCAUGCAAGACGAAAAGAAGAAAUAUGGGUUCACUAUCUCCCUCCCAGAAUACGGCGAGACCAUCACAACUCUGUGGGAUGCUGUCAGCGAGUUCGUCCGAGACCAUCCCGAGCAUGUGGUCAAAGACAAUGCUAUGGGUUUCUUGAGUGACGACGGAGGCGAGACCUACAACCGAUGCCAUUUCUGGUCAAACUUCGAAAUUGGUGACCUUGACCUCUGGCGCGGCGAAUCCUACAUGAAGUUCUUCGAUUAUCUCGACUCCAAAGGCGGCUUCUACUACGAACGUUGGGGAGACGCUCCCGUCCAUUCGAUUGGUGCCGCCCUUUUCGCGAGGAAAGACCAGAUCCACUUCUUUGAAGACAUGGGAUACCGCCACGAGCCCUUCCAACAUUGUCCUCAAUCACCACUACAUGAAGAAAACCGCUGCUCGUGUGAUGCGAAAGAGAACUUUGAAUUUUCUUUGCUGUUGUCGCUGGCUGCAUUGGGAGGGCAUGAUCCGCUCGUUUGA